AUGUCAUUCAGAAAUAAUAAUAUUAAAAUUAAUAAUUAUGAAGAAAAUCGUCGUCGACGCCAAAGACGACGAAUUACAAUGCAAAAGAAAGACUAUGAAGAGUUGGAAAGAAAAGAAACUGACUCUCAUAGAUCUUCUGGCUUCGAAACGAUCGGGGAUCGUGUUCGACAACGUAGAGAAGCCAGUGAAAAUCGUUUAAUUAACGAUUUUCUUCGAGAGAGGGAGACUGGACGUCUUGACUUAGAAAAAUAUCGUCAAAGACGUGAAGAAGCUAUUGCCUCUCUUGAAAGAAAAAGAAGAAAUACCCGCACUAUUGGAGAGUACGGAACUACUUCUAUUAUUGGUGGUACUGCUGAUAAUAGAGUAGUUAGCGGAGCUAGUGCUGGUACUACUUCUUUAAUAGAAGAUCCCCAAUUAGACCCCUCUUUUGUCCCUCCUCAAAAUGCCCCCUCUGACCCCUCUCAAGAAACCCCUUAUGCCCCACCUAUUAUAGCCCAACCAGCGGAUGAUACAUUAUCUGAUGCAGAAGUUUCAGCUAUUCUAGAGGAAAUACUCAAUGAAGAGGAUAUGUUACAUUAG